CGACUUGUACAAGAAUGUGGCAUGCUUGUUGUUUUGGCUCUUAAAGGUGCAGUAGAUGAGUUUACAACUGGUAAGGAGAGGUCUAAACAAUGUGUGGCUGCUGAAGCAUUGGCGGGUGUGCUACAUUCUGAUAUUGAUGGUUUAUCAGGAACAUGGGAAAGUUGGCCUGAUGCCUCAGUUGAAGAAUGUCAUUUUAACCCAAUCUGUUGAAUCAGUUCCAGAGUGGGCAUCUUGCAUACGGUAUGCAGUUACUGGUAAAGGGAAGUAUGGAACAAGAGUUCCUCUUCUGAGACAAAAAAUUCUGGAUUCUUUGAUGACAUCUUUACCCCCAACAGUAGCUACCACUGUAACAACCAAGCGAAAUGCUUUUCUGGCAGCUGUACUUAUAGAAAUAUCCCCACAGAAAAUGCUUGUAUCUGAAAUUAACCUCCACAAUACACUUUUGAAGGAAGUUCUUGGAAAUAUGCACCACUCAUCAGCCCAAGUGAGGGAGGCUCUAGGGGUUAGCCUUUCUGUAUUGUACUCUAACAUUAGGCUUUACCAUUCGAGUCAUCAGGAUCAGAUAAGUGACACUAUUGAUAGUUUGAUGAUGUUAGAUAUUAAGUUGUGUUUAUGUUAAUUAGGGAAACAUAGACCCUAUGCUUAUUAUGUUA